GUCCAACACAGGAUCUAGAAUUCCCAAUGGGGAUAAUAUUUCGAUCGAGGGAUACGAUCGAGAAAAGCCUCAACUGCGAACUCACCAGGUGCACCCGGUCCUGGAUUCCCGCCAAACGAUCAUCUGCUACGACAAGCCGCCUCCACCAACGGUAGCCGAGCGCCCUCCAUCGCCAGUGCCGGCUACCGCUUGCUACCCGCUAACGCCGAACAUUUGCGUAGAGGCGGGCCGAAUUCAGUUCAUCCGCCAGGAGGCAGAGGGCGCUCCAGUGCCGCCGCCUCCCGACCCCGUACAGGCGGCGGCGGCGACUCAAAUCGGCGGCGGCAGGGUCACUGUUACUAGGGGUUUGCAAACCGAAUUGGAGGACGACGAGAUCGAGGGGUUUCAGGAAGUUCAGUCAUUUCUCGAAACCCGAAUAGUGGAAUUGGAAACGCAACUCGAAAUCGCACAACGCAACGAAUCCAGAGACAAACAAACGAUCAACAAACUCACUAAACAACUUAAUAGGAGGGAAUCAGCUCAGAGGGAUGCUGACCGCGAACGACGUUUGCGAGCCGACAGCGAGACCAGAGCGAAGCAGGCGCUGCACGAGGCGGCUCGCUGCAGGUCGAGGCUCAAACUUCUCACCACUGAAUUCCAAAGAAUGGAAGAAACUAUCCGUUCUAUGUUGGCGUAUAAAAAGCAGGCAGAACAGCUUCGUCAAGAAAAGGCUGCAUUAACUUUGGCUUUCGAGAACCGUUGCCAACAAUAUCAAAGCUCGAUCGUCCGACUGAAUACAGAAAUCACCACGCUACGUCAACAACUCGAACAAGCCGGCCGAGAGAAUAAUCCCGAAGGAAUAUUGCAGGCGCACGCUGCGGCUUUACAAAGACAGGCCGAGGAGUCUAGGAAACAGUACGAGCGGUGUUUGGACGACGUCGCCAACCAGGUCGUCAGGGCACUGUUAACGCAAAAAGGUUUGAAAGAAGAAGUAAGCUGUCUAAACCAUAAAAUCCACGAAUUGGAAACCCAGAACCAAGCCCUGGCCUCCAUGUUGGUCCAUCAGCUGCGUAGCGACAGCCCCGAUUCCCCCGCCGAUUUGGACGCCUUCUCCAAGCAGUGCUUCCUCGACGACAAGCGCCAGAGGAAGAUCAGCGACGGCUCUAUGGACGCCACGUCACCGCAAACCGGCCUUAACAUUAAGCAUUGUAAUUCGUUUAACUCUGAGGUGCUGGAGGAGAGUCCGGCCGUAGAAAAUUGUGAUAAUGACGCCGUUUCUGAGAUCGAUAAAAGAUUGUCGGCUGAUACGGCGAAUAUCUUAGAUACAAGACUGUCUCUAGAAGACAAAAAACGUCACCAAAUCCUAACGAAACUGUGGACGGAACUGAAGGGCACCGAAGUAACGCCCAAACGACUUCUAGAAGCUUUAACCGCCGUAGAUUCGGCUUUAUGGGUGCCGCCAAAAAGGCCGGUGUCACUCAAUUUACACUUGCCAAUUUUACAUUCGACCAAAUACCGCAGAUCCAGGCCCGUACUGGCUCAAUCGACAUCGAAGAGCGAAGAGGAAACUACGGGUAAUGAGUCUCCAGAGAGUGGAAAUAGAGAUGAAGGUUAUUCGACGAUGUCUUCCGAUGUUCAAGCCGACGUGACAAGGGGUUCGGGCGAUGCGACGUUGCCGCGUCGAGGUUUGGAGGAUCUGAAGGAGGCCAGCGACGAAACCGAUGUUUCUGAUAGUAGAUUACUCGUUAGCGACAAUAAAGAUCCGGAUAUAUUGUACAUUCCUCUUAAUUUAUUGAAUCUCAACCAAAGAAAUAGUUUUCCUCCCAGCAAAGAUAUCCUGCCAUUUCAGCACAUAAUGCGGAGUUUCUCGGAUUCGCAUCUUUGUAUUAAAAUAACGGCGUCACCGUCGCCUUGCUACUCGUUUAGUUCGCCGAUAUCUAGCAGUCCGUCGAUUUUUUUAUUAGACAUUACGGAAAAAUCCAUCAAUCCGUUGAGGAGGGCGAGAGGUACUAACACCUUAUGGGGGAACACCAACUUGGAAUUCUGCCCGGAAGACGCGCGCACGCCCCUAUCCUGGUCAAGCGGCGCAGACGAUCGGCUCGAAUGCACCGCUUGGGAUGCUGAGUACAUCCAGCACUGGUUGAAACUGGACGAGACACGAUCGACGUUGCAGCAGCACCACAGAGACAUGUUGGAGCUGGAGUACGAUAGAGCUGAAUUGGAGGAUUGGAGUUUGAGUCUGUCGAACGAUGAUCUUCGGGAGCAGUGGAAGAAGAACGAUGUUAGUACGCCGGGGCAGAUUUCUAUAUCCACUCUGCCGAGUAUACAGGAGAAUAACGCUUUGGAACUGGAAGAGGAUGCUAAUGAGUGUUUGUGGAAUAAUUCCAGUUACAUGAUGGACAAAGAAGGUAGGGAACUGGUCACGCUGCUGAUGGACGCACCGAACGGUGAGAAACAUUGGCCGUACGCCAUUUCCAGCAUCGUCCAGCAACAGAUAUCGCCAGACAACAGCUGGUCGAGCGGAGGUUCGGAUUGCUGUAACUCGCACGAGCCCGAAACUUGCUCCAAACGGUCAUCGGUGGCUUUAAGCGGCUCCAGUGACGAUACGGGGGAACUUCCCGCGGUCGGGACCGAUUUCACUAGGGAUUUUUAUAGAUUAGUAAAAUUCGAAAGCACCAAAAGCCUCGCGUCGACGUCGUCGCGAAGCCUAGGCGGCUGUCUGAGCGACACCGGCGACAGGGAGACCACGCUACAAAACGUCCUGACGUUCAUAGCCGAACAACAAAAAUACGUUCACUAUAGAGAACCGACGACGAGGCCCUGCUCGGCCAACGAACACACCAAAGAUUUCAACAUCGAGGGCCCGCCUCAGCACUUGGACGAUAUCAAGAACAGCGACAGCGAUUACAGCAUACCGAAGAGCGACAACGAGAAUUACGUGACGCUGAAGCAGUUGUGCGAGGAGUACUGCUUGAAGGAGAAAGAGAAGGAGGAGAUCGUCAAAGACAACCGGGACAUCAAAGAGAACAUCAAACACGCCGAAGAGGUUUGUCUGGUGACCCCCAUAGACUUGGAGAGCGAGAAUUGCUCCAACAUAACCGAACAACCGGUCGACAUAUGCAGCAGUGUAUCGGUCGAAAUAACCUCGACCGAAUACCAAAGCUGCGUAUCGAAAACCGGCAACGCUGUCGAAGAAACGGACGAAAAAAGUGAUACAAUAAUUAGUGACUUAACGAAAUCUAGUGAUACGACUUUUAGUGAUACGAACAAUUGCGAAUCGUUGACUUCCAGUGUUAGUACGCCGGAUACGGUCGUGUCGAAGAUACCGAAACGGAAGACGCAGCAAUCCAGGAUACCGAUCAGUCCUGCGCGAGUGAUUGCCGUCAACAACAAUAACAACAAUCAGAAUCAUCAUAAUAAUAACAAUAAGGAGAACUUGAAGGAGACGAAAUUACCAAAGAGCAAGAUACCGCACAAAAAUGGCAAGCCGAAACAAAAGCAAAAAAUAGUCCACGUCCAGCAAAACAACUCGCCUCAACACAUAGUAACGUCCGAGAAGUUGCCGCAGAGUACGUCCGGCAUACUGAGUAACAUAAUCGAAGGACCACCUCAUAGAGCUGUCAGUUUCCACGAGAGGGCCACGUCAAAGGACGUCAUCGACGAGUUGAAUCGCAUGAUCAAGAGCGGCGACGACUUAGUACUGGGACAAGAUGGCGCGCAGGAUAACGGAGGCAAGCUGGAUCAAGCGUGCAGGAGUACCGGUUGGGUGCACGUCGAAAAAGAUAUAGAUCUGGCCGAUCCAAAGGCUAGAGCCAAUCUGCUGGACGUCAUGAUGGCAUCUGUGGGCUCCAGCGAUUCAUCGCCGACGUCUUCUUGUGGAGGCAGCGUCGCCAGCGACUCCACCGAAGAUCCGCCGGAUUACGGCCACCUCCACAGGAUCCACAAAUACCAUCGGCAGAAAAAAGCCAAGGCGACCAGGCCCGAGUUGGCCGUCGUGAGGGCGAGCGUCCCCCUGAACCGGCCCACGAUCAUCGGCCGACCCGAUUUCUACGUGCGUUACGGCACCAAGGAGAAGGAGGCGGUCGCCUCGUUCGAUUUCCUGGACGAGCUCGGCACUCCGGGCGGCUCGGUGUGCUGCUCCGUCGAAGAAGAGGUCUUCGUUGUCGAGGAUGAAGAAGACGAGGAGGAAGAGGGAGAAGCGUGCGUGAAACGGUGCAAGGUUAGCGAGGUUUGA